UAUCUGCAAGUGGGGCAUAGGCAGAUCGAGAGCAGUUCUCGAACUUUUAUAACCCCCGAUUAGCGCCAGGACGCGCGCUCUAUAGCCUCUUGUAUUUGAAUUCCUCAGAUCCCACCAGACAACAUGGCCGCCGUAUACAAAACCCUAUCCAAGCCGAGCGAAAAGGAUGCGGAUGGCGACAAGAAUGGUAGCGGCACCCCGGGCGCCAAGAGAAACAAGCAGAAGGUCCUCAUUCUCUCGUCCAGAGGCGUAACGUACAGACACCGCCAUCUCCUCAACGACCUAGCAGCGAUGCUCCCGCACUCGCGCAAAGAUGUCAAGUUCGACUCCAAAUCCAAGCUGUAUCAGCUGAACGAGCUAGCAGAGCUCUAUAACUGCAACAACGUCAUGUUCUUUGAGGCGCGCAAGGGCAAGGAUCUCUAUAUUUGGUUCAGCAAGGUGCCCAAUGGUCCGACGGUCAAGUUCCACGCGCAAAACUUGCACACGAUGGAGGAGCUUCACUUCACAGGAAACUGCCUCAAGGGCUCAAGGCCAGUCCUCUCGUUCGACCUGGCGUUUGAGCAGGAGCCGCACCUCAAGGUGAUCAAGGAGCUGUUUUUGCACAUGUUUGGCGUGCCACAGGGGGCGCGCAAGUCCAAGCCGUUCAUCGACCACGUCAUGGGCUUCAGCGUGGUGGACGGCAAGAUUUGGAUCCGGAACUACGAGGUCAGAGAAGUAGAAAAGACCAAGGGCGAGGGCGAAGACGAGAAUGAGGCGGACAAGGCGCGCAAGACAAAGGCCGGAAGCGAAAAGGAGACGGACGUCAGCCUCGUCGAAAUCGGGCCCCGGUUCGUGCUCACGCCCAUCGUGAUACAGGAAGGAGCCUUUGGCGGGCCCAUCAUCUACGAGAACAAGCGCUUCGUCUCGCCAAACCAGGUCCGCUCAGACCUGCGGAGAUCCAAGGCCCGACGGCACAACGCGAGAGCGGAGCAGCAGCGGGAUCAUCUAGCCAAGAGAGGGAACUUGGGCCUCUUGCCGAGUGGGGCAGCGAAGACUGUCGACGCUCUGGAUACACGGGCUGUGUUUGCUUAGAUUUCUUGGUAAUCAAGAGUGAUGUGUAGUUAUGGGGUAGGUCGGUGACCUUGCUAGAGGAGCAACUGACCGGCUGCAAGUGGGAAAAGAGAGUUAGUUCCUCCGUGAACAAGGUCAAUAUACCCCCAAAAUUUUCGUCUUGCACGAGUGUUCACUGUCAAGCCCUAAUCCUAUUCUUUGCGGUUCGAAGACAUGACUGGGAGUUGUGUUUUAUUUCAGUUCAGGGGCGAGACACUUCGUACGGUCAACGUCCUUAUGAGGUCAUAUGGGUUUGAAGAUGAAACAGAUCUACCUAUUUCUUGACGUUUUGGUGUUUUAAAACAACAUCUUAUCGAUUUCCUUGAAUUUUUGCCUCUUUAGCAAGUCAAGGAAUUGAACUUAGACUCUGGAGAGGAAAGCCCAAACAAUUGGCAGCACGAUAUCUUGGCGUUGACCCCAAAUUGGUGUGCAACGAAAGCACGGACCCCGGAAAAACCCAGGCGC